AUGCAAACAACCAUCGAUGUCUUCGUCAAAAUCAAAGCAGAUGACUCCCAAACGCCACCGCCACCGCCUCCAGCACCACCGGCGCAAAUCACCCCAUCCACGUUAAUAUUCUUCUCCAUCGCAGUGGCCGUGUUCUGCUUCGUAGGUUUCAUCGUGGUCUUCUUCUGCAGGUGCUGUUUCGUGAACAUCUCGCGCACCAACACCGUCGUUCGCCUCUCUCCCAUCGCUUCUCCCUACAGAGGCCUCGACCCUUCUCUUCUAAGCACGUUCCCCACGUUCCUCUACGCCACCGUGAAGGAUCUCCGCAAGGAGAAGAAGUACUCCCUUGAAUGCGCCAUUUGCUUGGUGGAGUUCGACGACGACAGCAUGCUGCGUCUCUUAACCGCGUGUUGCCACGUGUUCCACCAAGAGUGCAUCGACCUGUGGCUCCGCUCGCACAAGACUUGCCCCUUUUGUCGCAUGGAUCUCGAGACAGCCAGUAACGCCGACAUGCAGAAACCUCAUGAGCAAAACGAGGAGAAUGUGGAAGAAGAGAGAAGCGAGCACGUGUGCAUUGACGUGAAUGAAGGCCAUGGAGAUGCGGGACCCAAUAGUUGUGGUGAGGGACACAAUGAUGGUGGUGAAGGAGGUUCGAUGAGUGUGAGCAUGCAGCGAGAGAAGUUUGCAUCCACACGUUCACACUCGACUGGGCAUUCCAUAGUUCUAGUUAGAGAAGGAGAUGAAGGAAGAGAUUAUGAUAAUGAUGAUAAAUACACGCUGAGAUUACCUGAACAUGUGGCGAUAAAAAUUUUUAAAGGCCACAAUUACUCCAAGAGUUGUUCCAGUUACAAAGACAUGCCAAAGCCUUCUGGUGCACCUUGUAGUAAUUGUGGUUAUGUUCAAACUGUAUCUCAAAGCUCCUCCAGUAAUGCUAUAAACAAUGCUUAA